ACAAAUUUCUCGUCAUCGUAAAUUUCUUAUACUACCGCCACGGGGUUUGUGCGGGAUUAAUGGAAUUGCCAGGAGUGGAAGUCACGUGAGCAAUGGCCGAGAGCGGCCAAGUUUUCUGAGCGGGAAGAAAUCUUUCCCUUUGCGAACCUGGAAUCGUUAUUUAAGUUUGCCUCCGAGACAAAUGCCUAUUGCAAAAGGUAAAAAGAACAAGAGAGGUGCAAGAGGUUCUACAGAGGAAGAAAUAUCUGCGUCAAAGCGCCCGAACAUGGCGGCCGACAACGCACAGAGCGAAAAAGAAGUCGAAGAAGUAGAAGAGGUUGACACUACAAAAGAACCCAACCUUUACGAUAUCCAAACUUUACUCAUUAGCAUACAAAGAACCACAGAAAAUACCCUCAAGGAGAACAACAAACUCUCGAACGAAGUUGGUGAACUGAAGUCGUCGCUUAGGAGAUUGGAAAACGAGCUGUUGGCGACAAAGACCGUGCUAAGCGAUGUGCAAAACACCAACAAGGAACUGAGAAUCGAACUUGACGCAGCUAAACGAAAUAUCUCACUGCAAAGAGAUGAACUAAAUGAACUGUACGAUGAUUUGGACGAUUUGGAGCGAUACUCGAGAAAGAACUCGUUCGAGAUUGUCGGUAUUCCUGAAAGUAUUCGUGAAAAUGAAGGUGCAGUACUCAAAAUCGCCAAUGCGUUGUGUACAUGUGUUCCAGUAAAACUCGACGAUAUCGACAUCUGCCAUCGAGUGAAAAGAAAGAAAUCCAGCCCAAUUAUUAUACGUUUCGUUAGUCAUAAAGUGAAAUCUUCUCUUUAUAAACAGAGAGUUCGACUGAGAAAUGUACAGUUUGCCGAUAUAUUUCUGGAUGCUACAGCAGCAGAUCGAGUUCAAGCCAGCAAGAUUUUCAUCAGUGAAAAUCUUACGGCAUUCCGCAGAGAGUCGGUGGGAAAAGCUAAUGCUAGGAAAGAAGAGUUAUCGCUGCUAGGAGUGUGGACCAUCGACGGUAAAGUGUUUGUGAAGACAUUCCCUGAGGGGAGACCUAUUCGAAUUUAUUCUGAGCAUGAUUUAAAUAACCUCUAGAUCUUUUGAACGGUUACGGUAGGAUAUGUCAAGACAUGUCGAAAAUUGUGUCGUCUUAUUUAUUCUGUUUCUCAAGGUUACUUCCCACCUUCAGAGGCCAAAAAAAUCGUUUUUUCUUUUAUUGGACAAAUUUUAAGCUCGUCAUUUUAUCUAGUGUUUCCAAAAGAAAAACAUUAAAAAUCUCAAAAAGCGGCCGAUUUAUUUAGAAAAAACGUAUUUUCAAAUAAAGUUAAUAAACUAGGAAGGUGUCACAAUCUCGUCAACGGACGAGAACCCUGGGGAAAUUUUCGCGGCAAACGCUCAUUGCUCGUAUUUCAUGUCAUUUGCAUAUUCUUAUUUACAUCACGCACUUGACAAAAAUUCCCACGUGGAAACUCUUUACGCUAACUCCUAUGGAAAAAUCAAAAACAGAAAAAAGUCCUUGGGUAAAGAAAACGAAAAAAACCGACCCAAAGAAGAAAGAAAAAGCUCCAUAUUAUCAAGGAAAGAGAAGAAAACCUUGCCGAAAGCGACAAAGGCUGUUGGUUUGGCCAAACGCCUUCGACAAUCUCGAC